UUACAUUAGUCAAAGGCCAUUGUUGUUAAACAUGAUGAGAAAAUUCACCAAAGAAAGAAAUUUGGUGAAACCGGCCAAGACAAGAUUUGCAACGGCAUUCUUAACUUUGAGAGCUAUGUACACACAAAGAAAAAACUUGAGAACUUUAGUCCUCUCAACAGAAUGGAAUUCAAGUAAAUUUGCAAAGGAAACUUUGGGGAAAGAAGUUGCCAAUCUUAAUAUUUCUGUCCACUUUUGGAAUGAUGUUGCUCGGGCACUUACAGUUUGUGGCCCUUUGACAAAAGUGCUUCGUUUGGUGGAUGCGGAGAAAAAACCACCAAUGGGUUAUAUUUAUGAAGCAAUGGAUACAGCCAAAGAAGCUAUUACACAUGGUUUUCGUGGAGUUAAGAAGCAAUAUGAUAAAGUGUAUGAAAUUAUUGAUGCAAGGUGGUCAGAACAACUCCAUCGGCCUUUGCAUGCUGCAGGCCAUGUUUUGAACCCAGGAUUAUAUUAUAAAGCUCAAGAAGAGGGAAGUUUAGCAAAGACUCUGUGGACCGAGUAUAUUGCAUGUGUUAAGAAGUUGGUCCAUGAUACAACAAUACAAGAUGCACUAGUCGCUGAGCUCUCUAAGUACAAAAUGGCUGAUGGACUAUUUGGUUGUGGUCCGGCUAAAAGAGCUAGAGACACAAGGUCACCGGUUGAAUGGUGGUCACUAUUUCGUAGUGAAACACCAAACUUGCAAAAUUUUGCCAUGAAAGUAUUAAGCCUAACUCGUAGCUCAUCCGGAUGUGAGCGAAAUUGGAGUGUGUUUGAACACAUUCAUUCCAAAAAGAGGUAUAGGCUUACACUAUCGCGUCUUAAUGAUCUAGUGUACAUUAAGUACAAUAGACCAUUAAAACUUCGUUAUAAUGCUCGUGAUCUUAUUGAUCCAAUUCGCUUGGAUAACAUAGAUGAUUUAAAUGAAUGGUUAGUUGGAUGCCCCGAAGAUCAAGAUGAUGAACUAGUAUAUGAGGAUGAUGAUCUUACUUGCGGAAAUGUUGCUACGACAAUUGGAGCGGACGAGAGUAUCUAUCAUCUUAGGGGACUUUCUUCAAGAUCAAGAGCACUUGACAAGGGCAAAGGAGUAGAAAGUACAUCUACAAGUUCAUCUUCAAGUAGGACUCAGACACUAAUUAAUGAAGAAUACGAGGAGGAAGAAGAUGAAGAGCAAUAUAAUGAUGUAGGGGAUUUUAAUCUUCAAGAGUUGGAUAAUUUUGAAGAAUAAUAGACUUUUAAAGUUUUAGUUUAUUG